GCGUACGACACUGGCGUAAUGGAGGUCUAUCUUCCUUGACCACGGUGAUUUUUUAACAAAUCGUCUUCUGCUUUUAAAGAUUUGGAGCGAGCAUUCAGUCAUUACUUGGUCGGCUUUUUGUUUGCAGAUCAGAGCAACUCUUCUUUGAGGAUGGCGACAGACACUGCGUCCCAGCAGACUCCUGGCUCCAGGAUUAUGACCUUUCACCCUACCAAGGAAGAGUUUAAGGACUUCAGCCGUUACAUCGCCUACAUGGAGUCACAGGGAGCACACCUAGCUGGAAUGGCUAAGGUUAUUCCACCGAAAGACUGGAAGCCCAGACAUACUUAUGAUGACAUAGAUGACCUGGUGAUCCCUGCUCCUAUACAGCAGGUGGUGACUGGCCAGUCAGGUCUCUUCACACAGUACAACAUCCAGAAGAAACCCAUGACUGUCCGAGAGUUCCGCAAGACUGCCAACACAGACAAGUUCUGUAAUCCCCGCUAUGUGGAUUUUGAGGAGCUGGAGAGAAAGUUCUGGAAGAACCUGACUUUCAACCCGCCUCUCUAUGGAGCCGAUAUCAACGGAACCCUCUACGACCCAGAUGUGACAGAGUGGAACAUUGGUCAUCUGAACACUAUUCUAGACACUGUGGAGAGGGAGAGUGGGAUCAAGAUAAAGGGAGUGAACACUCCUUACCUGUAUUUUGGCAUGUGGAAAAGCACCUUUGCCUGGCACACUGAAGAUAUGGAUCUCUACAGCAUCAACUACCUGCACUUUGGAGAGCCCAAGUCCUGGUAUGUAGUUCCGCCUGAACAUGGGAAGAGAUUGGAACGUCUUGCUAAAGGGUUCUUUCCUGGGAGUGCUCAGAGCUGUGAAGCUUUCCUGCGGCAUAAGAUGACUCUUAUCUCACCCUCCAUCCUGAAGAAAUAUGGCAUACCGUUUGAAAAGAUAACCCAGGAGGCAGGCCAGUUCAUAGUGACCUUCCCAUUCGGUUACCACGCUGGUUUCAACCACGGCUUCAACUGUGCUGAAUCCACUAACUUUGCCACACAGCGAUGGAUCGAUUAUGGCAAAAUAGCCACACUGUGCUCGUGUCGUAAGGACAUGGUGAAGAUCUCCAUGGAGAUCUUUGUGAGGAAGUUCCAACCAGACCGCUACAAGGCCUGGAAGGCAGGGAAGGACAACACUCCUAUUGACCACUCUAAGCCCACGCCAGAGGCUGCUGACUUCCUGAAGACAGGGGAGACUGGGAAGGAGGGUCCAAGCCGCAGCGAGGCCCCUGACCAGGAGAAUACCCCAUGCACCACCACUCAGGAGGAGAAGAGCCCGAAGGUUGGGGAAAAGCGCCAGCGCGGAGGGGAUGUGGAGGCAGCAGAGGAUGGAGACACUGAGCAGGUUGAUGAAGAGGAGCAGGAGGAGGAGAGAGAGGUGGACCAGAAGAAAGCAAAGCUUGGCCAGGAGGAGAAGAGACACAGUCUGGCACACAAAGUGCUAAAGGCAGAGGAUGUUAAAAAAGAGCGAACAAAGCCACCACUCAACGCAAAGACCAACCGAAACACAAAUGCCAGCCGAAAGCUAGCACUUCAGAUGAAAGCCAAAAUCUCUCUUAAAUCCACUCCAAUUAAGUCUCAGCCACAGACUAACAGUCAGUCAACCCAACCAGCGGCCCCAGAACCCUCCCCCCAGAGCUCAGAGAAGGCCGGCCCCAGUGAGGAUGUGAAGCCUCCAGCCAGCAGCUCCAGCCCUGUCCACCCAGCCAGCAGCUCCAGCCCUGUCCACCCAGCCAGCAGCUCCAGCCCUGUCCACCCAGCCAGCAGCUCCAGCCCUGUCCACCCAGCCAGCAGCUCCAGCCCUGUCCACCCAGCUAGCAGCUCCAGCCCUGUCCACCCAGCCAGCAGCUCCAGCCCUUCCCACCCGGCCAGCAGCUCCAGCCCUUCCCACCCGGCCAGCAGCUCCAGCCCUUCCCACCCGGCCAGCAGCUCCAGCCCUUUCCACCCGGCCAGCAGCUCCAGCCCUGUCCACCCGGCCAGCAGCUCCAGCCCUGUCCACCCGGCCAGCAGCUCCAGCCCUGUCCACCCGGCCAGCAGCUCCAGCCCUGUCCACCCGGCCAGCAGCUCCAGCCCUGUCCACCCGGCCAGCAGCUCCAGCCCUGUCCACCCAGCCAGCAGCUCCAGCCCUAUCCACCCAGCCAGUAGCUCCAGCCCUUCCCACCCAGCCAGCAGCUCCAGCCCUUCCCACCCAGCCAGCAGCUCCAGCCCUGUCCACCAGCUCUUUCAGAGGACCCUGUGCCCUGCAGACGUGCUGCACGUCCACAGCUACGCCAAGGGAGACUACAGCGAGGGAGAGACCAGGGAGGGCAAGGAGGAGAGGAGGAACGAUAGUAGUGAUAGUGAAGGAGAGGAACUGGAUGACAGCAAGAGGGCAGAAGAUGGAGAGGAUGAUGGCGCUGUGCCCAGAAAACAGGGGACGUUGCCUUGUCACCAGCAUCUGAUUAAAGACAACAUGAGUGACGAGGAGCUGCCAGAGCAGCCCCCAGUAGACGAGGAUGGGCUAGAGGGAGAGUCGUGGGCCAAGCCCCUGGCCCACCUGUGGCAGAACAGACCCCCCAACCUGAAGAAAGAGAAGGAGUACAACCGUUGCAUGGGCCUCCAGGCCCCAUACUGCUCUGUGUGCUCACUCUUCCAGGCAUUCCAGCAGGCUGAGUGUGCUGAUGACGGUACGGACCCUCCAGUGGUGCUGCCUGGAGGCAGGCUGAGAACCAAGCCUCUGAUCCCUGAGAUGUGUUUCACCACCACCACGGAGCCAGAGGAGGGCGCUGAGGAGAAGGAACCUGCCCCUCCGGCCCCCACCACCCCUCACCUGGAGCCAGACGGCACCAGCCUGCUCAUCAGCUGCUCCCACUGCAGCGUCCGCGUACACACCAGCUGUUAUGGUGUGGAUCCAGAGAGUGUGACUAAGGACUGGAAGUGUGCUCGCUGUAAGGCCAAUUCCAUGACUGAGAGUUGCUGUUUGUGUUUGCUGAGGGGGGGUGCCUUGCAAAAAGCCAACAACAACAAGUGGGUCCAUGUGCUGUGUGCAGUAGCAGUGUUGGAGGCUCGCUUUGUGAACAUCACUGAGAGAAGCCCUGUGGAUCUGAGUGGGAUUCCUCUACAGAGGUUUAAACUGAAAUGUUACUACUGUAAGAAGCGGAUGAAGAAGACAUCCGGGUGCUGUGUGCAGUGUUCCCAUGGCCGCUGUCCUACGGCCUACCACCCUACUUGUGCCCAGGCCGCUGGGAUCCUCAUGCAGCCAGACGAGUGGCCUUUUGUUGUCUACGUCACCUGCUGUCGGCACAAGGGCCCUAUUCCGACAGAGCGUAACAAAGCAGCCAUGCAUGAGCUCACUGUGGGAAGGAGGGUGAUCUGUAAGCACAAAAAUGGCCGCUACUACCAGUGUGACGUGGUGCAGCUGUCCAAGGAGACGUUCUAUGAGGUCAACUUUGAUGACGGCUCCUUCAGUGAUAACCUCUUUCCCGAGGACAUCGUGGGCCGGGACUGUGCCCAGAUAGGCCCCCCUCCACAGGGGGAGAUGGUGCAGGUCCGCUGGACAGAUGGUCUGGUCUACGGGGCCAAGUUUGUGGCUGCUCACAUCAUCCAAAUGUACCAGGUGGAGUUUGAAGACGGGUCACAACUAACAGCCAAGAGAGAUGAUGUUUAUACCCUGGAUGAGGAGCUGCCUAAGAGAGUCAAGUCAAGACUGUCCAAGGCGUCAGACAUGCGUUUCGAUGGGAUCUUUGAGGACAAGGAGGCCAUCCAGCAGUCGAAGAGGCAGAGAGUGAUCAACUCACGGUACCGAGGGGACUACGUUGAACCUGUGAUCUACAGAGCCAUCAUGGAGUAGCCUGCCAAAUACAGCAUGGAGUAGCCUACUCUUCCAACAAACCACCAGCACUGAUAUUCCUGAUCUGGACUUCUCACUUUACCUUAAUUUAUCCACUGACUGAGUGAGUGUAGCUCUGACUAAAGGACUUCUGAAAAUAACUUUCCAACCCCUAGUUUGGACUGUUUUCUUUUUUCUUACGUUCAUCCCUUUACAGCAUUAUGCGCCAGUUUCCCGGACACUGAUUAGGCCUAGUCUUGGACUGUUUUCUUUUUUCUUACGUUUAUCCCUUUACAGCAUUAUGCGCCAGUUUCCCGGACACUGAUUAGGCCUAGUCUUGGACUGUUUUCUUUUUUCUUACGUUCAUCCCUUUACAGCAUUAUGCGCCAGUUUCCCGGACACUGAUUAGGCCUAGUCUUGGACUGUUUUCUUUUUUCUUACGUUCAUCCCUUUAAGGCAUUAUGCGCCAGUUUCCCGGACACUGAUUAGGCCUAGUCUUGGACUGUUUUCUUUUUUCUUACGUUCAUCCCUUUACAGCAUUAUGCGCCAGUUUCCCGGACACUGAUUAGGCCUAGUCUUGGACUGUUUUCUUUUUUCUUACGUUCAUCCCUUUACAGCAUUAUGCGCCAGUUUCCCGGACACUGAUUAGGCCUAGUCUUGGACUGAAAAGCCCUUUCAUUGGAUAUGCUUUUUAUGCUACGCUUAACCUGUCCAGGAAACCGGAACCAAUUGUUAUUACUUUUAUGUUUUCUUUGACUGUGAUCAAGGAUUGAAGAACAGGCCACCUUCUCCACUCGGUAUAGGUUAUAGAAGCCGGGAAGAAACUUUUAUGCCAUCCUGCUAGUGCCCAGUAGCUUUAACUCGUCUCUUGAAUGGAAGCGAUAUUGGACCAUGAAUUUUGCUUCCAAACAAGAUGUAGCUUUCUAAUAAUAAUAGUAACAAUCCACUCAAUAGAACUGUGGCGGGAAUGACUUCCUGAAGGGAGUGAAGCAGACAAGUUGCUGUCACUCAUCCUCAUAAACACUGAUUACAGUGUAUUCUGACUUGCAAUUUCACUGAAUGUUGCCAGUUGUUCCUUUAUGUACAUCUAUUUAUUUUCCUAUGUCGUUUUUCAGGGUGCUACUUGCACCUAUGUUUGAUUUUAAGGAGGUGCAUUGCCAUUUUAGUAACUAAUACCACCUCCUCUUAGCAGAGUCACACUGUUGACUGCAUUCCUAAACAUUGUAUUUUGUAGGAACGCAUUGAAUAUUGCUUUUUCCAUUUUUAGAGUUGUUUUUUUACCAGUGUAUUUAUUAUACUGUGCUUGAAGAAAGUAACCUCUGCAAUGCAGACAAUUUGUCAGUUGCAAUGGUGUAGAGGUUCUGGACUGAUUCUGAUCUAUGUUCUAUUUUUGCUAUAUAGAUGAAUUGGAAAUAACCCAUUCAGAAUUGCUAUGGGUGCUCCCUUUUUAUCCAAGUUGGUUCUUUACUCUUUAAAUGAACAUUUGUGCGUUGCACUUUUAUUCAAGCCCAUUUUGAGAGGACAGUUUAAUAGUUGUGUGCUACCAUUUGCUAUUUUUGUAAAAAAAAAAAAAAAAUUUUAAAAAUAAUAUUGUACAUUUUAUAAGAUCUUAUGCAUUGUGUCCCACCACGCUUCUCCACUCGGCCAUGAUCAUCAACCAUAAUGCACUUAUUAAUUAAAGAUAAGGUGGCCUUCAGAUUGUCUGUUAUAUUCCUCUAAACUGCUGUUAUCUUGAGUAUAUGGAUGCCACAUUCUGGUAACUUUCCCAGGUUUUCCAGAAAUCCUGGUUGAAAUUUCCCUGCAAUCAGGAUGAAAUAAGCAGGAAAUCCGUAAGUCCUUUUUAAGUAGGAUUUCUGGGAAUUUUGAGAGUUUUCUGAAUUUUGCAACCCUACUUGAGUGUGAGAGACAUAUAAUGUAUGAGUUGGGCAGUUAUAGAGGCUCACAGAAGUACCACUAAGCAAGGGGUUUAUAUCAUCAGCAUUCAACAGUAUGGAAAUACUUAUGACUUCUAAUACAUGGGGGGGAAAUACAAGUUUUCUAUCAAAAAGCCUAUUUUGUUGCUUUGUUUUAUAAUGAUACACGUUACAUUCACAGUCGGGAAGACACUGAGAUGUAAUUAUAAUAAGUUGUUUAUUUAAAGAUCUAAGCCGUUGACGCAAGGGAUCUUGUUUGUGACCCAAAUGGCAGCAUAUUCCCUAUAUUGUGCUCUAUCUUUGACCAGGGACCUGGUCAAAAGUAGUGCACUAUAUAGGGAAUGGGGUGCCAUUUGGGACUGAUCCCUGGCCUGUUCAUGUGACCUUUUUUCCUUUCUGUGAAAAAUGUACUACCAUUCAUGCAAUUUGUAAAGAUGAUAAUUUUGUUUCAGUAAAAACAUUUUGGCUUGCA